AUGAGUGGUUCAUUACCCCCACCGCCCACCAAAUCCACUGCGAGAUCUACUACCAGAAGCAAUCAGUUCUCAAAUACUGAGUCGACAAUAUCGCGAAGUUCUUCAGAGAAUGAGUUAAACGAAUCGCCAAUUGAUCCGAUAAUUGAGAAAUCCUAUGGCUAUCGAGACAAGAGUUGGUCCGAGUUUAAGGACAAAACUGAAGAUAAGCCUAAGAAUUGGGCAGAUUUUGAAGAAUCACAUUAUCUGUUGGCAGGAGAAGACGAAGAGGAGGAAGAAGAGCGCAAAAGUGAUAUCCGAUCGGAUGAUGAAGACUCGGCGGACAUCUUCGCCAUAAGUGACGAGCAAAGAGUCUAUUACUCGAAUCAGUUUCAGACACUUGAACCGAAUCUAAACGGAAUAAUAACCGGCAAUAAAGCGAAGGACUUCUUCGAGAAGUCUUGUCUACCGAUCCAAGAGUUGUCGCAAAUAUGGCUGCUGUCGGACGUCGAUAAAGACGGCGCACUCACACUGAAUGAGUUCUGUAUAGCAAUGCAUUUAGUGGUCCUUCGGCGCAAUAACAUCGAUCUUCCCUCACGAUUGCCUACAAAUAUGUUGCCUUUGGUGUCGGCGCCAGUGAUUGACGGCACCCGCAGCCGAUAUACUGUUGCCAAUCACAGCGGCGCCGCUAAAUGUGUGGAUUUAGUGACCGAUCGACCCGAUGGCGAGCGGCAAAGUUAUGGCUCAUUAUCUCCUCCUCAGCAAUACAACAACGAUCUCAACGACAAUAAUCGGGUCAAAGAUGUGGAGACAUUGUCGCCGCAGAACAAGCAGUGGACUAAAUUCACUGAUUCGCCGACCCAUCAGAUUGUGAUGACCGGCACCGGCGCCGUUGCGGUUGUCUCAUCUCCUCUGAGCACGUCGUCGAGCGCUGGAAUCCAGACAUUAGCUAACUUUGACUUCAGUGCGGCUUCUAUAGUGAGAGAUCCGAAGAUUUUACAUCCCGUGGCUUUGAGAUUAUCGCCCGACGGACAGGCCGUUCGCCACGACAAUCACGAGACCAAUAGUAUCAGUAGUUAUAGUAUUGAUACCGGCGUUCACUGCGAUCCCAUUCGUACGUCAACAGUGGUAACGGGUAAGAAAGACCCGCCGCCACCGCCUCCUCCCAGGCCUUACAGAAGUCACGGACACGCGCGGAGUUCUUCGCUGGAUCUGAACAAAGUGAUGGUACGCUCGAGUGGUGGCAAUGAUCUCAUGUCUUCACAAAUUCCUCAACACUUAAAGAUAUCUAAUUCCGAGUACACACUAACCCCUCCAAAAGUGCUUUCAUUAAAUUCUCGAAAUGUGGGGGCCUUUCAUGCCUAUACUAGGAAAACCAAAACCGACACUAGUCUUACAAAUAAUAUGAUUAAUUGUAAUAAUAAUUAUGGGAUCGAGAAGUUGAGAACUAGAUUUCCAAUACCACCAGAAGUGCCAACACCAGAGAGUUCUUCGGACACAAUAGAGUUGUGGAAAACGAUUAAAUCAUUGCAAGAAUACAGCAAAAUAUUAGUCGAUAUGAACAAUGAUCUGCUGCUGGAAGUGGUGAAAGUGACUGAAGACAAACGAUGUCUUGAAUUACGUUUAGCGCAACUAAAUAAUGGAUUCAAAUCGUGAUUUGAUUUGACUUUUAUUUUUGUUAAGUUUUUUAUUUUGCGAAAACAUUACAAAUGUUUUUCGUUUAUUUUGUGGAUUCGCAG